AUACAUUACUACAACAUUUUUUUAAAUUCAAGAAGAAUCACAAUCUCAGUAAUAGAAGAAUUUCACGAUUACACAAACCUUUUUUUAUCUAUAAUUAUCACAUUUAUUCUUAUAAUUAUCGUGAAGUUAACAAUGUCUAAAUUUACAAAUUAUAAUUUCAAAGAAAACACAAACUUAGAAAUUAUUUGAACAAUCUUACCAAUGUUAAUUCUAUGUUUAAUUGCUUAUCCAUCAUUAUACUACUUAUAUCUAUUCGAUUUAAAUAUAAAUCCAACGAUUUCUGUAAAAGUUUUUGGAGCACAAUGAUACUGAAUUUACGAAAAUUUUGAUUCAAUUAGAGGAAAUUCCUAUAGAUCUUAUAUAGUUCCCGACAAUGAAUUAUUAAAAGACAAUUUAUCUAAUUUAGGAUGACGACUUCUUAUAACAGAUACACGAUUAAUCGUUCCAUUUGGAACCGAAGUACAAUGUUUAACUACUUCUCUAGAUGUAAUCCAUUCAUUUUCAAUUCCUGAACUUGGAAUUAAAGUCGAUGCAAUUCCAGGACGACUUAACUCUGUAAAUUUUAAAGUUACUAAACCGGGUCUAUACUAUGGUCAGUGUGCAGAAAUUUGUGGAACAGGACAUUCAUUUAUACCAAUUUGUAUAGAAGCUAUCUAA